GCCGCGUCAGGAGAGGCGGAGCCGAGGCCUUUUCUACCCUCCCGCGCGCUAUGGUAGCAGCGGCGCGUGCGUGCGCGCGGGGCGAGUGGGAAGCCGACGAGGUUCGGUCAUGGCGGCGUCCAUGAUUUGCAGCCGAGUGUCGGCCGGGCUGAGGCACAACGGCUGCCGGGCGUCGUUCGGUGCCGCCGCCGCCAAGGUGCUUGCUGGAGGUCCAGGACUAUUCAAUAGCCAUGGGUUUCAGGUGCAACAGCAGCAACAAAGGAACCUGUCACUGCAUGAAUACCUGAGCAUGGAACUGUUGCAGGAGGCUGGUAUUUCUGUUCCACAUGGACUAGUUGCAAAGACACCAGAAGAAGCUUACAAAAUUGCAAAAGAAAUAGGUUCAAAGGACCUUGUGGUAAAAGCUCAGGUUUUAGCUGGUGGUAGAGGAAAAGGAACCUUUGAAGGUGGCCUCAAAGGCGGAGUGAAAAUAGUUUUUUCUCCAGAAGAAGCAAAAGAGAUUUCCUCCAAAAUGAUUGGAAAGAAGUUGUUUACCAAGCAGACAGGAGAAAAGGGCAGGAUAUGCAAUCAAGUAUUUAUCUGUGAGCGCAGAUAUCCCAGGAGAGAAUACUAUUUUGCAAUAACUAUGGAAAGGUCAUUUCAAGGUCCUGUACUUAUAGGCAGCUCUCAUGGUGGUGUUAACAUUGAAGAUGUUGCUGCAGAGACUCCUGAUGCGAUAAUUAAGGAACCCAUUGAUAUUGUGGAAGGCAUCAAAAAGGAACAAGCUGUCAGGUUGGCCCAGAAAAUGGGAUUUCCCCCUAACCUGGUGGAUGAAGCAGCAGAUAAUAUGAUCAAGAUAUAUAAUCUCUUCAUGAAAUAUGAUGCCACCAUGGUAGAAAUAAACCCUAUGGUAGAAGAUGCAUCAGGAGUUGUGAUGUGUAUGGACGCAAAGAUAAACUUUGAUAGCAAUGCGUUCUAUCGUCAGCAGAAAAUCUUUGAUCUGCAGGACUGGACACAGGAGGACGAGAGAGACAAGGAGGCAGCUAAAGCAGACCUCAACUACAUAGGACUAGACGGAAACAUAGGGUGUCUAGUGAAUGGUGCUGGUUUGGCUAUGGCCACAAUGGAUAUAAUUAAACUUCACGGAGGCACUCCAGCAAAUUUCCUUGAUGUUGGCGGUGGCGCUACAGUACAUCAAGUAACGGAAGCCUUUAAACUUAUUACUUCAGAUAAAAAGGUACUGGCUAUUCUGGUGAAUAUUUUUGGAGGUAUUAUGCGAUGUGAUGUUAUUGCACAAGGUAUCAUUAUGGCAGUAAAGGAUUUGGACCUAAAAAUACCUAUUGUUGUACGGUUACAAGGUACACGAGUUGAUGAUGCCAAGGCUUUAAUAACAGCUAGUGGCCUGAAAAUCCUUGCUUGUGAUGACUUGGAUGAAGCUGCUAAAAUGGUUGUGAAACUUUCAGAAAUAGUGACCUUAGCAAAGCAAGCUCAGGUGGAUGUUAAGUUUCAGUUGCCAAUCUGAUCUGAGUUGUCAUGGAAGUGUCUAAAGUGUUAUAUUCUCUGAAAUACUGUGUUCUGUGGGUUUUUUCCUCUUUUUUUCCUGUGUGGAGGUUUUAAUUGCUUGACAGGUGCACAAACUUUAAAGCACCUGAUUCUUAAUGUUAAUAUUAAAAAUGGUCAGAGUUCAUGUAAAAGUGACUGUAUUGCUGAUAUGUAGACUUUUAGUUGCUGUCCCAACACUCUAGCUUCUGCUGCAGAAUGUCACUUGCAAUAUUCAUUCAUUAUUGUCAAAAACAAGGUUUUUGUUGAAAAAUAGAUUCUUCUGAAUAAAAUCUGAAGUUACUUUAAUUGUAUAUUCAUAUUAGCUUCAUGUAAAGAUAAAUAUGACAGCUAGACAUUCUAGCACUCAUCAUAUGGAGGAAUGUAUUGAAAUGGUAUUUUUUAUUGGAGACCUUUAAUCUGCAGUAUAAUGAAUGGAUUUGAGCAUACCGAUCAUAAUGCAUAAAUAGUGCAUUUGAACAAACCCAGCAGCUUUCUAGAAGUGCUUUGCGGAUUUGACCAGCUAAGUAUCGGGACAAUGUAACAAUCACUACAAAAUAUACUGUAGCACUUAAGUCUUCAUGGUUUCUGGUGCUUAUUAAAAAGCAUCAUGUAGCUUUGUAUAUGAACAAUAAUGCAUAUUUCCUAAAGUGUGGCAGACUUGACAUACAGAGAAUUAGAAUGUCAAUUGUAAGUUAAUAAAAUCUCUCCCAAGA